AAAGAGAAGAUGCCUAGUCUUGGUUCCUGCAAUAUAUCUGGAUCACCCGAACGGGAUACUACAUUCGGUUAAUGUUUAUUUAGUGAAAAAUAUAUAUUCGUUUUUUGGUGCAUUUAAAAUUUUUAUUAUUUUCUUCAUCAUGCGGCUUUCAGUGUCUUUUAUUUUCCUAUUAAUAGCAUGUAGUUUUCUAACAAUUGCUGCAGAGAGGAAGGUAAUUUUUAUGAUACCACGACACGUAAGAAGGAGUCCGGGUGCAUCGUGGCACUCUCAUAUGAGACCACCGCCAUUAAGAAAAUCCCAUUAUUCAGCUGACGACAUUUAUCCACAUCUUUAUAAUCGACCGAAUAGUAUUAUUUAUGGGAAACCUGCAUUUCGCCAUAGCGGAAAUUAUCUUCCCCAUGGGGGCGAUGAUUUUGAUCAAGGUCACGAGGGAAUUAACAAUAUUGUCGUACCCCAUGGUAAAGGCAUAACUCACGGGAUUUCCUAUGGUCACGGUUAUAUACCAUAUGAUAAAAUUAAAGGCAAUUUUUCACCUCUGAAGGAAGGAUUUGCGGAAAAUCAUCAUUUACAGGAUUCAUCGGAUGAUUCAUCUUUUUCACCGCUAGAUCCAAGUCAUGUUAGUUUAACUACUGAAAGUGACACAGAUUCCUUUCUUCCAGGUCAAAGUGGAUCUUAUGAUGCCGAGUUGACUGGCAAGACUGUAGAGGAUGAAAAUAAACUUUUUAAUUCAAGAUCACUAGCAAAAACUUCAUUUGGCGACAAACUUUCGUUAGAUAAUGUUAAUAGCGCCUCAGCUGGUGAGGAAAAAUCAAUUAUUGCCAAUGAUUAUUCAACAUCGUCGCACGUGACGCAAACGGAGACAACGUCGAGUCCAACGAUUUUCGUGCCAUCGCCAAAAAUUGCAGGCAGCACUUAUGGAGUUGUGAUUCGUGACAGUGUCUCUCUCGAUGAAUACAAUAAAAAAGUUGAGGAAUUGACAAAAUCAUGGCCGGGUGUUGUGAAUAUUCCCGGAAUUCACGGUGGCAAUAUACAACAUGCUGGGCAAAAUAUUCAACAAUUGUCAAUAUCGUCGUUUCCGGGUUCGAGUUUUCCUGCCGCUUCAACUUGGACAUCGUCAUUGGCGGGCAGUCAGGGCUAUUCUGUUAGGGAGGAUAUUGUCGAGCCCGAAUAUGAUUUUCGAAAAAUGCCCAUUCAAAACAGUCCAAUGCAUUCUUUCCCCAGUCCUGGCACUGCAAGUUUGCCUAAUAUUCAAACUUCGUAUUCGUAAUUUUUAGAAUUUAGAAUUUAAGUGAAUACGAUUUUUAUUCAGUACGAAUUUGAGUGAAUAUGAUUUCUAUUCAAAUAUGAAUUUUUGAGUGAAUACGAUUUUUAUUCAAUACGAAUUUUCAAGUUUUUUAUUCUCAUUUGUGUUAAAUAAUUAUUUUUUUUAAUAUGACGAAUAUUAAUUCGUCAUUAAAAAAAAUAAUUAUUAUUUGUUUCCAAUUGCGUAACUAAAAAUAAUUCGAUAAUUCGACAUUAAUUUCUUUGUUUUGAUAACAAACUGAAACAGAAUUUGGGAACAAUUU